GCCAUGGGGCGUGGGGUGCAGCGGGAGAUGCUGCCGCCGCUGCUGCCGCUGCUGGUGCUGCUGCUACUGGGCGCCGCCGCCGGUGCUGCAGGUCUGGUCAGCACAUCGGGAGCAGGCAGCCCCUGUGAGAAGGCCUGCAACCCCCGGAUGGGCAACCUGGCGCACGGGCGGGCGCUGCAGACAGAGACAGCGUGCGGGCGCCAUGCCACCGAGCCCUUCUGCGCCGUCACCGAGGACAGCCAGCGCCGCUGCCAGCGCCACACGUGCGGCCGCUGCAGCAUGGCCCACCCCGGGCUGGCCCACCCCGCCGCCGCCAUGGCUGACUCCCCAUUCCGCCUGCCCCGAACGUGGUGGCAGGCGGCCGAGAACGCCUCUCGUGAGACCAUCCGGCUGGACCUGGAAACCGCCUUCUACUUCACUCACUUGAUCCUGGUCUUCAAGUCACCCAGGCCGGCCGCCAUGGUGCUGGAGCGCUCCCAGGACUUCGGCAAGACGUGGAAGCCUUACAAAUACUUUGCUGCUAACUGCUCGGCCACCUUCGGGCUGGAGGAUGAUGUGAGGCAGAGAGGAGCCAUUUGCACUUCCAGAUAUUCCAGCCCCUUCCCCUGCACUGGAGGAGAGGUGAUAUAUCGAGCCUUGUCACCGCCAUAUGCUGUGGAGGACCCAUACAGUGUGGAAGCCCAGGCACAGCUGAAGAUCACCAACCUGCGGGUGCAGCUGCUAGAGCGGCAGGGCUGCCCCUGCCUCCUGCCCGGCCUGGGUCCUCAGGUCCCACAGCCCUCCCUGGCCCUGCACUAUGCCAUCUAUGACUUCAUUGUGAAGGGCAGCUGCUUCUGCAAUGGCCAUGCUGACCACUGUGUCCCUGUUGCUGGGUUCAAGCCCAUCAAGGCAGCUGGUGUUUUCCAAGUGGUCCAUGGGAAAUGCAUGUGCAAGCACAACACAGCAGGGUCCCACUGCCAGCACUGCGCCCCGCUCUACAAUGACCAGCCUUGGCAGGCUGCCGAUGGCAAAACCGGAGCCCCCAAAGAGUGUCGGUCGUGCAAGUGUAAUGGGCAUGCUGACACUUGUCAUUUCGACAUGGAUGCAUGGCUGGCAUCAGGCAAUCGCAGUGGUGGUGUCUGUGACAACUGUCAGCACAACACGGAAGGGCAGCACUGCCAGCGCUGCAAGCCGGGUUUCUACCGGGACCUCAGGAAGCCUUUCUCUGCCCCAGAUGCCUGUAAACCGUGCUCCUGCCACCCCCUGGGAUCGGCCACUCUCCCCCUGGGCCCCGGCACCUUCUGCGACCCCAACACUGGUGACUGCCCCUGCAAGCCCAGCGUGGCAGGGCCCCGCUGCGAUCGCUGCCUCCCCGGCUACUGGGGCUUUGGUGCCUACGGCUGCCGCCCCUGCGACUGUGCCCGCAGCUGCGACCCACACACAGGUGACUGCCGUAGCAGCAGCUCAGAUGUGACCUGGCACAAUGAAGCACCUCCUUUUCAGGCAGUGCUUAAUGAGAGCGAGCCCACCUGGAGCUGGGAGGACGAGCAGGGCUUCUCAGCGCUCCGGCACUCCGGUAAAUGCGAAUGUAAAGAGCAAGUUUUAGGGAAUCCCAAGAUCUUCUGCGGGAUGAAGUACACCUAUGUGAUCAAGACAAAGAUCUUGUCAGCUCAUGACAAGGGUUCCCAUGCAGAAGUCAAUGUGAAGAUCAAGAAAGUCUUAAAAUCUACAAAGCUCAAGAUCCUCCGAGGCAAGAGGACACUCUACCCUGAAUCCUGGACUAACAGAGGCUGCACUUGUCCCAUUCUCAAUCCCGGCUUGGAGUACCUUGUGGCGGGACACGAGGAUGUCCGAACAGGCAGACUCAUUGUCAACAUGAAAAGUUUUGUUCACCAGUGGAAGUCAGCUCUCGGAAGAAAGGUCCUGGACAUUUUGAAAAGAGUCUGCAACUAGAGGUGUGCAACUGCCUUGGGCAUUUCUUUAUGCACAAAAUGCAACGGCCUUCACAGAGAGAAGACCUAUAGAAUGAAAACUGGAAUGUAAGAAAAUAGUGCCAAAACGUGUAGUGAGGCAUUCAGAGUUGUAGGCACUGUCUAAUUUAACCCUUCCUGGCCAAUAUUCAUUCACUCGCCAGUAGCUUCCUUGCCAGGGGUUUGCCUGAGCCCAGCUCAUGGUUACAUUGAGGGAAACAAAAGGCAGGGCAAUGCUUGUCUCACCACAGUGUGAUGUUAGAGCAACUCCUAUGAAGCCACUGAUCACCCCACACUGCUACCCCAGUGAGGGAAAGCAUGCCCACAAGCUACAGCUGAGAAGGAAAGCAUCACUGCCAGUGCCACCAGUGGGGAUCAUGAACGACUUCCAGAGGCUCACGGUGAUUGCUGUGGGGAAGGGAUGGCCACAAUGGCAGGUAGGCACUGGCAGAAGUAUGGCUGUGACAACCACCCUUCAGAAACAUUCCCUUGGGUUAAGACAUGGCUCCCGUCAAAGAGAAUUGGGUGCCACGUGCUUAUGACCUGGUCACCCCACUGAAGGUUUUGGGGGCUAAAUUCUCUGCUGGUGUUGGCGAGGAUGGAGCUGCUGGAGUGAAUCAAAUCCCUCUGCCUUGGCACAAGUGCAGCACAGGGCAGAGGCCAGCUCUACCCCGACCACAUAGCUGCAGAGAAGAGCCAGCUCCAGAGGGUGCAGCAUCUCUGAGCUUUUGUCCUUGAAGUGUUAAGAAAUGAACCUAGCCCUAGUGUAAAUAUUUCAUUGUAUAAAGCACUUUACUACCUGCCACUUCACAGUGCGGGAAGUCUAAUUGUGUUGGGGAAAGAAGAGGUUGAAGGUGGCACAUGAAAAAAACUCUCUGAAACAGAAGCACUCCUGAAGACCCCCCAGUUGAACGGCGUUAAUGAUAUAAAGGGAAUGGCCAGCCUGGCACUGGCCACUCAGAGUAUCUGAGGGUGCAAUCUGAAAGAUAAAGUAUUUGCACUGAAGUUCCAGCUUCAGACCAGCACUUGGACCCCGUGGGCAGGACUCCAGUGGGACUGCGCUAACAGUGUGAGAAGAAGAGACUUUGAGAUGAAAAAUGCAAUUGCCAGAGGAGAAAACCUCUGCCUGCAGAAAAAGGAGAGGAUACGGAGAAAGGACUCACACUCACAUUCACGUACCACAACCCAGCGAUUCAUGGUGGGCCUGGAGUUUGUUAUAGUUUUGUGUUAGUAUUUAAGGCUGAACAUUUUAUUUGUUUUCUCUGUGUUAGUGUUUGCAAUAUAUAUGGCCAUUAUACUUCCUCAUUAACACCAGUAUGGAAUAUAGCACAGUUUUCAGCACUAAAAUGUAUCUUUUCUGUAAAGCAUCUUUAAACCACAUUGCAUAGAGUGUAUUUUGUUCAUGAGUGUGAGGGGAAAGAAAAAGAAGACAUACAACUCUGGAAAAGUCAUGAGUCUACCAAUCUGCUUUACGUAUGUAUUUUUCUUUCAAGGUCCUGUGGACUCACAAAAAGAAUUAUACUAUUUUGGUAAUUUGGUUUUGUAUCUCAUGUAUGUAAUAAAUAUAAUAUGAUUUCAACUUCUUCA